CGCUGUUAGCAUGCGCGCUGUUAGCAUGCGCGCUGUUAGCAUGUGCGCUGUUAGCAUACAACGGUGCAUAUUUACUCCAGUUGUGUUUAGAUAAUGCAAUCAGUUAAAUUGGUUCCAUGGCAUCACUUAUUGCUCUGAAGUUCAAUAUUUAAGGCUCUUUUAAGGCGUGGUCUGACCCGGCUGGCUGGCUCCGUGCCUCGCAGGCUUCAUCGCGUCGGACAUGACGUCCCGCAACUCCAGCACCCAGCUCUGGCUGAUCACUCACUUCCACGAGCCGGGCUCGCUGUACGACUACCUGCAGCUCAGCACGCUGGACGCCUCCGGCUGCCUGCGGAUGGCGCUGUCAAUCGCCAGCGGCCUGGCACAUCUCCACGUGGAGAUCUUCGGCACGCAGGGCAAGCCGGCCAUUGCCCACCGCGACCUCAAGAGCAAGAACAUCCUGGUAAACAAGACGGGUCAGUGUUGCAUCGCUGACCUGGGCCUGGCCGUGAUGCACUUCCAGGACACCAACGAGCUGGACGUGGGCAAUAACCCGAAAGUAGGCACCAAGCGCUACAUGGCGCCUGAGAUUCUAGAUGACAGCAUCCAGACGGACUGCUUUGAGUCCUACAAGAGAGUGGACAUUUGGGCUUUCGGCCUGGUGCUGUGGGAGAUCGCCAGGAGGACUGUCAGCAAUGGGAUCGUGGAAGAUUAUAAACCGCCCUUCUAUGACGUGGUGCCCAGUGACCCCAGCUUCGAGGACAUGAAGAAACUGGUGUGCAUAGAUCAACAGAGACCCAAUGUACCCAACCGGUGGUGCUCGGACCCGACAUUAAUGGCCAUCUCAAAGCUGAUGAAGGAGUGCUGGUACCGAAAUCCAUCCGCUAGACUGACCGCUCUCCGCAUUAAAAAGACUUUGACAAAGAUCAACAACUCGCUGGACAAAAUCAACUCAGAUUGUUGAAUUUCCUCCAAGAGGGAGACACCAAAGACCUCUGGCAGUCUGCUGGGGAGCUUCACUGGGGGGCUUCACUGGGCAGUAAGACGAGAGGUGUGGCUGAGGAGGCUUCCCCUGCUUCUGUGUGGCGGCAAACCUUAUUUAUCGUAAGACCCCAACAGGACACGUUUUGGCAUCCAAAGAACAUUUUGAGGGCUUUCAGAAGACUGCCGGUACUCUGAGGGGUAAAGUCACACUAACAGUUCAGUUCUUCAAGGAAGAAACGCCUUAGAGCUGCCCUUCUCACCAUGACUUAAUUUCCAGGAACGUUCGGAAAUGGUUCCUCCAGCAAUACGGAUUAAUGCUGCUGCACAACCAGCCUCCAUUCCUGUGUUGCACUGUUCUGAGGAGCAUUCCGGAAUCAAUCCUGGACCCCAAAAAAACAGGAAGUUAAUCCUCACUAUCUUUUUUUAGCUGAAUAAAGAGUAUCUGAAGACUCUAACAGCCUCACCUUUGCCAGUGUUGACAGCUAAUAUGGGUGUCGGUUCUUAACUGAAACCUGUAAUAUCUUAAAUGCAGCAAAACAAGGAGCAUGUGGCCAUUACAGGCGUCCCCUACACGGCGUCACCUUGGCAAUUUUGCCUCAGACACGUCAGAGCUCCCCUGUUCCUGCACUGUAACCUGUUAAGCUUUAAUCAGCACAAAUGCUGAGCAGAGAGCAAAUAAAUAAAGGAAAUAAAAUAUACAUGAAAGCCAAUGAUUCUGUGUGGGAGCAAAAGCGCUUUCUGUAAAGCUCUAUUGUCUUAACCCAAAAAUGUUAGUUGUAAAAUGAAAGUAUUUUGUUUUAUAAUAUGUAGUGAUUUCUAUUAAUUAAAUUGGAGGAACAUUUCAACAAACUUUUAGCUGCUUUAUUUAUUCACUUUAUAACAUACUGGUGUUUCUGUUCGGUUUGAGAAUUAUGGGCUGUACAAGUGACAGCCGCACGUGAUAGUCAGCACGAAAUUCAUUCAUGUCUAUGGCUCUUUUGUUACUGCAAUUGCAUAUUGUUACACUCUAUUUUAUUUUAAUAAUAAACUUAACAGCUAAUACUAAAA